AUGUCGAACGCCACCGAGAUUCAGCUCCAGCACUGGGCAGAAGACCGAUCGGACGAAGUCAUUGCAGUGCAUGUAGUAUGUCUUGUUACGCUUGUCGUAGCUGUGGCCUUGAGAUUCUAUGCGCAGUCGUUCGUUACAAAUCCGUGGAAACAUGCUGACAACUGGCUGGCUCUUGCUGCUGGGGUAUUUGCUACUGGUAUUGCCGGAUGUAUGCUCAAAGCUCUGGACUAUGGCUUCGGAAAACAUACACUUCGAAUUAUUGCGGAAGAUCCUGAAGCGCCCCACAACGUCGCGACGAUAUUCAUGUUUGGCUAUAUCAUAAGCAUCCUCCAAGCAUUGAGCAUAACUUGCACCAAACUUUCUGUCCUCAGCCUCUAUGCUCGAGUUUUCGGUAUGCUACAUCACGACAGAUUCUUCAUCAACGGCGUAUACAUAUGUACGGUAAUUUGCGUCCUUCUUGGGAUAAGCACCACCUUGCUCUUCAUCCUCCAGUGUAUCCCAGCGCCAGUUUUCUGGAACCGUGUGUACCUCAUGUUCCCUGGAGCACCGGCAAACGGACCUACGGAAGGCUAUUGUAUGGAUCAGGUGGCGCAUGUUGUCGUGCCAGUCGUUUUGGACCUCGUUAACGAAAUAGCCAUCAUGCUGUUACCCAGUCGUUUGUUGUGGAACCUCCGGCUGCCGUUGAAGAAGAAGAUUGGUCUUACUGUUACUUUCAGCUUGGGAAUCUUUGUGUCAGCAACAAACAUUGUGCGCAUUGUAUACUACGCGCAGGUCAUCAACGGGGGCGAUCUCGCAUGGGAUGACAUCGACGCCUUCAUUUGGACCAUUGUAUGCAUGUGUUUUGCGGUUGUCUGCUCGAGUAUCCCCCCAUGUGCGCCCCUGCUCAAGGUCUGGUCUCGCAGAACCCGAAGCGAACAUGACUAUAGCGGAUCGGUGCCACUGACGGACCGGUCGGAAGUCACAUCGAGACAGAGCGGACGGAUGGCUGGCAAGACAGAGCCGACCGGAGGGCUGAUCAUCUCCCGCAACGAUGAGUGGAUGAUCGAUUCCGAGAGUGUGGGGGACGAUGGAGUGGACUUGUACAAUUCUACCCAUGGCGUUGACCAACGUUGGAAUUCAUUGAGUGCAUAA